CCGCUGUGGCUAGUGAUACUUCGCGGAAGCCACCCGAGCGAACCCCCCCCACAUGGGUUGAAUACAUGGAUACGUGGGUACAUGAGAACAAUGCCGGACGGAGAUCGUCCUUAUCGACCGUUCGAUCCGCAGUUUUUUUUGGCCCGUAGCUUCAACCCUUCAAACCUCCAAACGGGCCCGGCUGUCUUUCACCUUUCUAUGUCUAUUUUGACCUCAAUUGGCUCCCUCUUCUAAUAUAUAACCCCCCCUUCCCAGGAAACCUCCUCGAACCCAGGCGACGGCCAGAAAACAGCGCAGAACCAUGGCCGCCCGCCCGCAAUCAGUCCUGCGCGCAGCUGUACGAGUAUCAAGACCGAUUUCUUCUACCGGGUAUACCCGACUGUUCAGCACAACGAUACGCAAUUCCAACCCCGAGCUCUCCCAAAGCUCUACAUCUGCCUCCCAAGCACAAUCCGCCGCCACCAACAACAACAAUAAUAAUGCCGCCAGCAGAAAUAGGAACAGCACGACGCACUUCGGUUUCCAGGAUGGCCUUUCCGAGUCCGAGAAGACGGAGCGCGUGGCCGGCGUGUUCCACAGCGUCGCCGAGUCCUACGAUCGCAUGAACGACCUAAUGUCUUUUGGCUGGCACCGCGUCUGGAAAGACCACUUCGUCUCCUCCCUCAACCCGGGCUUCUCCACCUCCACUCCCCCCAAGCCCCAGCGCAUCCUCGACGUCGCCGGCGGCACGGGCGACAUCGCCUUCCGGAUGCUGCACCACGCGCACGUGCUCAACCGCAACCCGGACGUGCACGUCACCAUCUCCGACAUCAACCCCUCCAUGCUCGCCGUCGGCAAGCAGCGCUCGCUCUCCCUGCCGGCCUCCCAACAAGCCGGCCUCUCCUUCCUCGUCGCGGACGCCACCUCCUUCCAACCCCCCAACACCGCGCCGUGCCCCACGGUCCCCGAGGACAACUCGCUGGACCUGUACACGGUCGCCUUCGGCAUCCGCAACUUCGCCAACAUCCCCGCCGCCCUGGCCGAGGCCUACCGCGUCCUCAAGCCCGGCGGCGUCUUCGCCUGCCUCGAGUUCAGCAAGGUGACCAACCCGGCCUUCGACGCCGUCUACAAGCGCUGGAGCUUCGGCGCCAUCCCCCUCAUCGGCCACCUCGUCGCCGGCGACCGCGACUCCUACCAGUACCUCGUCGAGAGCAUCGAGCGCUUCCCCGCCCAGGACCAGUUCCGCGACAUGAUCGAGGACGCCGGCUUCGUCGUCGGCGGCAAGGGCUGGGAGGACUUGACCGGCGGCGUGGCCGCUAUCCAUAAGGGCAUGAAACCGCUGUGAAAUUAAAUGUGUGCGGUCUUUCUUGGCUGUACAUGCAUGCUAGGGAUUAGGGAUUAGGGGGGU